UUCUGCCUGUACUCUAUGGUGCGAAUUAAAAUGUUUAUAUUGCUGUUUGUUGUAUGAAUGUGGCUGAAGUCUGUUAUGUACAGAUGAAAAACAGAAUAUGUGAUUGGAAAUGAAACAACUUUCACGUAGACGUUUCGAAUCAUGGAUAACUAAUUUGGUAAGGUUGGUUAUUGCAGAUCGGUAGAAGAUAGUAAAAUCCCGCAGAAAUGGAAAGAAUAGGAGGACCCAGCAAGCCUUAGGCCAGUCUCACAUCAGCAGUUGGAAAGUAAAUGGAGCGAGUAGUGCACAGAUUCUGUGCUUGUUGGUAAUUGUGUCGUGGAGUUACGUCAUUGCUGCCGGCAGACAUUUGGCAUCUCAGCGUAAGUGUGCGUGAAAACUUGAGUUCCCUGCAUUGCAACCAUGGCAUUUUCGGCUGAUGCGGCUGCGUUUCAAGUGCAGGAGCGCUUGAAAGCUCUGUACCACUUGGUGCACAAAAUCGAAGAGGAACGUGUUCGCAGUGAGCACAAUCUGAAUAACAUCACAAAAGCUCAUGAGAAAAUUAAUCAAGAGGAAAAAGUGUCUUUGUAUUAUCAGCACAAGCUGAAGAGCCUGUACACGGCGGCCGUGUCGGACGCAGCUCAGGAGGAGGAGCUGAUCCGCACCGCCUUGCAGAAAGUGAGCGAGAUACGCGCCAUACGGAACGAGAGGAGGAUCCAGGCCCGGAACGCGGGCAACAAGGAGACCAUCCGGCGGGGAGCGCUCAUGAAGAUGCUGCACAACUCUGCUCAGACGCUGCCGUUGUUCGUCAGCAAGCUGGGCGAGAAGCCGCCGCCGCUGUGUGGAGCCAUCCCGGCCGAACCCACAUACGUCGCCAAGGUGGGUGACAUGGUAGCUGCCUUGGUGAAGAGUGCGGACGAGGAGGAGAACUGGAUACUGGCAGAAGUGGUCCAGUUUAACCCGGCCACUAACAAAUACGAAGUGGAUGACAUUGAUGAGCAGAAGGAUCGCCAUGUUCUUAGUCGCAGGCGCGUGGUUCCAUUGCCAUUGAUGAAAGUCAAUCCUGAGACGGAUUCGAACGCACUCUUUGAUAAAGGUUCUGUAGUGAUGGCUCUCUAUCCUCAAACCACGUGCUUCUACAAAGCCAUCGUCAACCAGCUGCCAGCAUCUGCCACAGAUGAAUACGAGGUUCUAUUCGAAGAUGCAUCGUACGCUGCUGGGUACUCGCCCCCACUUCCCGUCGCGCAGCGCUACGUCAUCUCCAUCAAGGAGAAGAAGGGCAAGAGUCAGUCAUGACAGAUGUCUUCCGCUGGUCCCCAGCAAAGUGCACUCGAGGAACUGUGGGCAGUUACAGAAAAUACGGCAGAGUAAUCAGUAUUGCGCUCUUCGGAAAGAGACGGAUCUGUCACUCGUACGAAGUGAAGACCAGUGUCGUGAUGAACAGGUGCAACAGUGAACUGAACAAAUAUCUCUCUUAACGUGCAGCAACUCAGCUAUGUAAAUGGUUACAAGUUUUUAUGUGUAACAUAAUAAACUGGAAAAUUUGAGUAUGCAGUGGAUAAUGUUAUAAAAAAAAAAUUAUAAUGACGUGUAUAAAAGUGAGUUAAGAAGUUGGAAGAUGCAUGGAAGUGCAGUAUUAGUUUAAGAUUAGUGUAAUUUAUUGAGUUUUAUUAGAUGAAGAUUGCAAUUUUUUUUUAAAUUAAGCUAGUUUUAAAAUAGACCUUUGGCUCAUGAGCAAGAUUAUAGCCCAUUAGUUUGAGAACCAUGUAUAUCACAAUCACAAGACUUGAUUUCAUUUGAAUUUAAAAAAAAAAAAUAAUUUUAGUAUUACUAUGAAACUUAAAUUAUAACUUUUUGCAGUAUUACAUAAAUGUUUUUUAAUUAAAAAAACUAUAAAAUUCUGCUGUUGGGAACCAUC